AUGGAGAUGGCUGUUGUCAAGAAUUCAGUUGCUUUAUUCAAUCUUGUGUUGGAAAAGAACAUCGCUGUGUGGAGAGCUGGAACAUUAAUUGUUGAAGGAAAGCAAAUGAGUCUUCUUGAAUGGAGUAUUCAUCUUGGUCAUGAUGAAAUUACAACUAUCCUCAAAAGGUCCGUAAAACAUCGUGAGAAGAUUCAGUUGUUGAAAACAAUGAAUUGCAACCAGUUAAAGGAGACUGAAGCACCGAUGCAGGCUUUUGCCGCAAAGGAUCAAUUCAAAAUUGGUGCUGGUGGUUUUUCUUGCGUCUAUGUUGGUCUCAUGAAGGAUGGAAGGGAAGUUGCUAUUAAGAAAAUUUUUGUACAAAGUGAGGAUAAAACAGUCGAAAACGAAAAGGAAAUCAUGAAUCUCAUUGAAACAAAAAACUCUCCAUUUAUAGUGAACUAUCGACAUUUUCACCGUGACGAUACCUUCAUGUAUCUUAUUGUUGAUCUUUGCGAAGAAACCCUGAGAAAACUUGUUCAUGCAUGCAGUAUUGAACAUCUACAAGACCAUGGUCCACAAAUGAUUAGGGAAAUUCUAUCCGGGCUAGAAUUUCUUCAUGGAAAAGGAAUAUUGCACAGAGAUCUAAAACCAUCAAAUGUCCUGGUUGAUAUCGAAGGUCGCAUGAAAUUGGCAGACUUUGGAAUAAGCCGCGUUCUAAAUGAAGAUGAAACGACAGUUGAAACUGGUGCUAAAGGUACUUCAGGAUGGAUGCCACCGGAAGUAAUUGAAGUAAUAGACAAAGAUGAAAAAGGUCGUUUCAAAAAGAAAUCAGAUGUCCAUGUCGCGGGUAUGAUUGCUUUCUUCAUCUUAACCAAAGGUGAACACCCUUUUGGUUCUUCGUUAGAACGAAUGAAAAAUAAUUUAGAGGAUAAUCCUGUCAAUUUGGAGAAACUUUGUGACCCCGAAGCUCUCGAGGGAUCAAAAAUCAAAUGGAAUGGCUCCUUCGAAGAUCUGAAAGCUUUUACCGAGCUGCGCUUGGGUUUAGGAGGCAACUGGACAUCACCUGGUGGAUCAACUAAGCUCUUUAGCAGCGAUGAAAUAACAAUAAAAUACUCGAAGAAAUCGUCAGUAUUAUCAUUCGAAGGCGAAGCUUCUCUGAAAAUCAAAGACCUAGUCAAAGACAUAUAUCUAACUAAUAAGGCAGCAUCUGAACACAAAGCGGACGGUGAACCCUUGACCGAAACGAGAGAGACUGUGCAAAGCGAUUGCGAAUUACUCGAAUCACAAACAGGCGGCGAAGCCAUUGCAAAACAUCAAAGCUCAAAGAUCGGGAAUUUGCAUUUCAUCUCGGAGUCAACAGACAGUAAUUUGCAUACAAACUCACGAGACUGUAACCUGAACACUGAUAAGAUACAGCUAAAUGAUCAAAACUACACAAGUAAUUUAAAUAGUACAAACUUCAACAAAAACCCAAAAGAAGUUUACGAAAUUGAAUCUAAGCUAGAGAAAUAUACCCAGAGUGUUACUCAAAAACUAGAGGCUCUUGCUGAUGAAAUUUCAACAAUUAAAGAAACUAAAGAGAACAAAGCAUAUGCUAUCCUGGUCUUAGAGGACGUUGUUAACGAGUUAAGGAAGGAAAAACUGCAACUUAACCGGGAAAAUAACGAGCUAAAAGAGAAAAAUAGGAACUUGUUCCAAUCUCUGUCCGAAGCUAGAGCUAAAGUACUGGACCUCCAGGAAGAGAAAUCGAGUCUGAUGACCUCACUGAAGCUGGUCCAACGUGAAAAAGUUCUACCGGCGGAGAGGGAGAGAAUUAAAGAACUGGAAACUGAGAACGAUAGUUUAAGAGCAGCUGCAAGAUCCCUACAAGAAGACCUCAAUGAUGGAAGCAAAACACAGAAACGGGAUUAUACCAAAGUAAAGAGCUCUAGUAAAGAUACAUCUGAAAGCGUUUUUGAGUCAAAGAAUCGGUACGAAGUCCUCAGCAUCAGUGAUCAAGAAGACGAUGCCAAUGAUUCUGUGAGCAAAGUAUCUUUAGACAAAACCUUGGAAACUGGUCAUCGGAAUGAGAACACUAACACAACUCAUAAAGGCACAAAAUCCAAGCGAAACAUCCUACUAAUUGGAGAUUCAAUGAUCAAGGAUAUUAAUCCUCACAAGAUAUCAAAAAGCUCAGUUCGAAAGUUAAUAUACCCUGGGAAAAGAGCUGAGGAAAUAGCAAAUGAAUUCCAAAAAGCUCAUGUGCAUUCCUCUCCCACAGAUGUUAUCAUACACGCUGGAACGAAUAACUUAAUACAGAACUCGAGUAAAGAAUGCUGCGACAAUAUUAAGCAUCUAAGCUCCACAGUACAAAACAAGUUUAAAGAUGCCAGAAUCGCAAUAUCUGGCCUAAUAUCGAGAGGAGAUAUUGACGUAGCAACAAAGAUUCAUGAAACCAAUAAAUUACUAUACAAUCUAUGCAAGAAAAAAGGAUAUACAUUCAUCGCAAAUAAGAACAUAGACGAAUCCUGCCUCAAUGGCUCUAAGUUACACCUUAAUACAAAGGGAUCAGCGCUCCUGGCUGUCCAUUUUAUCAAAUUUCUUCGGCGACUUUCACAUCCAACUGUUGAGGAUUUUCCGAAGGAACUUCAUCAUCUGGGGGAGCUUCUGAGGAUGAUCAUACCACAGACGCCAAGGAAAAGAAUUCAUCGUUAG